AUGGAUUCUGAUGUUCACAAUUCAAAGGAUAACAAACUACAUCAUCACUCCAAGAAAAAUCUUAAUAUACUAAAGGAGGGCCCUGCUGAUUCAUAUAAAUUCAAGGAAAAACUUGUCCUCUACUUUGGCAGCUACUUGCCUGCAAAAGUCAUUAAUGAACUAUGUGUACUUGUCCGUGACAAUUCAUACGGGAAAUGCAGUUAUUUUGCUAUGCCUACUGAGAGUUUAGUUCUUGGUUUACUACAAAUUUUAGUAGGUGCUGGGUCUAAAAUAGGUGAGACAAUAGACAAGAAUGUUCAUGUUUCUGCAACAAAAUUAACAAACCCAACCAAGGAUGAUCGUGAUGAGGCUGAUAGGACGAAGCCCACCAUCUGGCCCAAACGCGUCAGGCCUCAACCACCAGUUGGCGAUGCUGGGAAAACGGCCACGACAGUACGAUGCGUCAACAAUCAGAUAAACGCGCCCUACUCUUACCUCACCUACCAGGCCCGACGCUCAUUUUUCUCGGAACGAAAUGAGAAUUCUGUUGAUCCCACAGAACUAGACAACUCAUGA